AUGACUGAGCGUGAUGUUUUCUCAUAUAACACCGUGAUUACCGGGUUGAUGCAAUGUAGGGAUGUGGAUGGUGCAAGGCAAGUCUUUGACAGGAUGAUUUAUAGAGAUGUUGUCACUUGGAAUUCAAUGGUUUCCGGGUAUAUUCGUAAUGGGAUGAUUGGUGAAGCGGUACAAGUGUUUGAUGGGAUGCCAUUGAAGGAUGUGAUUUCAUGGAACUUGGUGGUUGGGGGUCUUGUGAAUUCUGGAGAGUUUGAUUUGGCUGAAAAGUAUUUUAAGCGAAUGAAUAUUCGAGAUUUGGCCUCUUGGACUAUAAUGAUUUCGGGGUUUUCUAGUGCAGGACGUGUUGUUGAAGCCCGAGAACUCUUUGAUGGCAUGCUUGUGAGAGAUGUUCAGGCUUGGAAUGCUAUGAUCCUUGGGUAUAUAGAAAACGGGUAUGUUGCAAUUGCUGAGGGGUUGUUCCAGAAAAUGCCCGAGCGGGAUUUGGAAUCUUGGACUCUAAUGGUGAAUGGGUUGGUCAAGGUUCAAAGAAUUAAUGAUGCCUUGGAGCUUUUCAUGGAGAUGCCAGAGAAAUGUCCAAAAACCUGGAACUCGAUUAUUUUUAAAUUAGUAAGAAAUGGGCUCACUAGAGAAGCUCAUGCUUUUCUUGAGAAAAACCCUUACAAAGAUGUUGUAUCAUGGACAAAUAUGAUUGUUGGGUAUUUGGGAAUUGGAGAGGUUGGCAGUGCAAUUGAACUCUUUGAAUCAAUGCCAACUCGAGAUACAGCUGCAUGGAACGCCACAAUAUUUGGAUUAAGUGAAAAUGAUCUUGGUGAAGAAGGUUUGAAGCUUUUCAUUAGAAUGAAAGAAUCAGGGCCAUCCCCAGACAAAAAUACGUUUACUAGUGUUUUGACAAUCUGUUCAGACUUACCAACCUUACACCUUGGUAGGCAAACUCAUGCACUCACAGUAAAAGCGGGAUUUGAUCACUUCGUUGCAGUGUCCAAUGCUAUGGUGACCAUGUACUCAAGAUGUGGGAAUAUGGAUUUUGCUUUAUUGGAAUUCUCUUGCAUGAAAAGUCAUGAUGUCAUUUCUUGGAAUUCUAUAAUCUGCGGAUUCGCUCACCAUGGGAAUGGUGAAGUAGCUUUGGAGAUGUUCGAACAAAUGAGAUCAACAGAUGUUCAACCCAAUCACAUAACUUUUGUUGGUGUUCUGUCUGCCUGUAGCCAUGCGGGGUUGGUGGACCAAGGCAGAUACUACUUUCAUAUGAUGAGAUGCAAGUAUUUCAUUGAACCUACAACUGAGCAUUUUACAUGUGUUGUUGAUUUGUUGGGGAGAUUUGGACUUAUAGAUGAGGCAAUGAGUUUUUUAGAUCAAAUGAGAGCAGAUGGAUUUGAAAUUCCUGCAAGUGUCUGGGGAGCAUUACUCGGAGCCUGUAGAAUCCACAAGAAUGUUGAGGUGGGUGUGAUUGCAGGGGAGAAGGUUUUGGACAUAGAGCCCGGUAAUUCUGGUAUAUAUUUGAUUUUGGCAGAAAUGUAUUUAAGUAUUGGAAGAAAAGAAGAUGCGGAGAGGAUUUGGACAAGAAUGAAAGAGAAAGGAGUCAAGAAGCAACCUGGGUGCAGUUGGAUUGAGGUUAACAACAUUGGGCAUGUAUUUCUUUCAGGGGACAAAUCCCACCCCAAAUUUUGUAGGAUCUAUUCUGUAUUAGAGUUACUGCAUACAGAGAUUGAGGCUGAAAUUGCAAAAUCAAAUGCUGCAUCAUUUCAGUAUGUAAAAGUUGCAUAG